GCAUUCUCCCUCGCCUUGUGGUCUCCAUGCCACCACCGCCACCACCAUUGUCUUUUCAGACGAGCAGUGCCUCAAGUGCAACGUCACCGAACGCAGCAGCCAUGGGAGGUGGCCAUGCGCUGCGCGCCGCCAGCAACGUUUUCUUCUUCGGCGGCUCUGGUGACCAGCUUUCCCUCUUAUCCUCAAAAAAAAAAAAAAGACCAGCUUUCCCUCUCCGCCGUGACCGUGCGUGAUCGCCGCCGUCGUCGGGUGGUGGCUCCGGGCGUGGGGGCAGAUCAGGGCCGAGCUCCUCGAUCGUGCCGCUGCUCAGGGCCGCGGUGGCGGUGUGCAUGGUCAUGUCGGUGAUCGUGCUGGCCGAGAAGCUGUUCCUGGGGACGGUCAGCUCCGUGACGAAGCUGCUUCGCUGGCGGCCGUGGCGGAUGUACAGGUGCGACCCCAUCGCGCGCGCCGACGAGGAGGACGCCGGCUCCGAGGCCUACCCCAUGGUGCUCGUACAGAUCCCCAUGUACAACGAGAAGGAGGUGUAACAGCUGUCAAUAGGGGCUGCUUGUAGGCUCAAAUGGCCGGUGGAUCGAUUAAUAGUGCAGGUCUUGGACGACUCCACCGACGCCAUCAUCAAGGAGCUGGUGAAGAGCGAGUGCGAGCGGCGGGCGGCGGAGGGGAUCAACAUCAAGUACGAGACGCGCAAGGACAGGGCCGGGUACAAGUAGGGACCUAGGUACAAGGCCGGGAACCACAAGGAGGGGAUGCGCCACGCCUACGUCCGGCGCUGCGAGUUCGUCGCCAUGUUCGCCGCCGACUUCCAGCCGGCGCCGGACUACCUCGCCAAGACCGUCCCGUUCCUCCACAACCCCAGCCUCGCGCUCGUGCAGACGCGCUGGAAGUUCGACAAUGCGUCGAUCGAGGGAAACCAAGAGCAACUAUACGAGGAAGAGAAUCAUCAGUUUGGCAAGGAAGAGAAGAACAAUGAAGUGGAGAACUGCAACAAUUUCGAGGAGUUCUAGGCGUGCGUUCAUCAGUCAACCACCUGUGGAUGUUGAAGCUUGUUGAAGAUGUUCGAAUAGGCUAUCGGUGGAACGAUUAAGACAUUUUGAGUCUACUUUUUUUUGGAGUGUAAUAAUGUUAUGUACUCUCUUUACGUUUUGGAACCUUGUCUUUGAUAUAUUCACUGAUGAUGUCCUUCAUAUGUGUGUAAA